AUGGAAUUUAUUUAUUUUCUAGGAAAGGAAAGAAAAGCGCCCGCAAAGAGGAUAACACCACUGUUUCAAGUGGCGUACGAUAGGAGCCUAUGUAAACCUUUGGGUACACUCUUCGACUUCAACAGAAUUCGUGUAAAGAACGUAACGAGUGCACCUAUUACUUCUCGGAGCCCUUCACCAGUUUCGAUGGACAGAAGUCCACAACAGGAGAGUAUAGUAAAAGUAACUCCUAAGCCGGUGUCCGUUAAAAAAUCAGAUAACAGACAAAAUGCGUUACUAAUAUUCGAGUUCUCCACAGCUUAUCCUUUCAUUUAUGGAAACAACAAGUACAAAUGCUUCAUCUGUGCGCAGCCGUUUUUAGACAUAACAGUGCUGAGAGAUCAUAUGGCGAACGCACACACGUUUGCAUCCCUAAAACGAUUGUUGAACAAUAAAAAGGAAUGCGUGUUAAAGGUGGAGAUCAGCGCUUUAGCCUGCAAAAUAUGCUCGAGUCCUCUCAAUGAUUUGGUAGAAAUCAAACACCAUUUGAAAUCAAUACACCAGAAACCAAUUGAUUCCGAACUUAAAGAUAACAUGAUACCUUUCAAGCUCGAAUUACAGAGCUCGUUUGACUGCGUCAUAUGUAGCCAGAGCUUCAUCAAGCUACGACCGUUGGUCAUCCACAUGAAUGUCCAUUUUAAUAAUUACAGUUGCGAAAUUUGCGGAACGGGUUUCAUGACUUUACGUCUUUUGAAAACGCAUUUAGAGGUACACGAAAGCGGUAGCUAUCCUUGUGAUAGGUGCGAUAAAGUUUUCAGUACCUCCCAUAAACGGUCCAUACAUAUACGGGGUGUGCACUUAAAGCAGUACCCGCGUAGGUGCCCGAUGUGCCCUGAGAGAUUCAAUUCGAACUAUCGAAGGACCAUUCACUUGCAAGACGUGCAUCAGCAGUCAACGCGUGUCCACAAAUGCGAGACUUGCGGUCGGGCGUUUCAUUUGAAAUAUCAUUUGAUAUGUCAUAAUCGGUCGGUGCAUUUGCAAGAGAGGAAUCAUCAGUGCAAGGUUUGCACGCAGAGGUUUUGUAAUAAGGAGACCCUGAAGCGUCACAUGGUCAUACAUACGGGUGAGAAGAAUUAUAAGUGUGACUUUUGUGGGUUGGCCUUUUUGCGGCGGAAAAAUUUGAAAGAUCAUUUGAGGAGUCACGAUGUUGUGUGA